GCAGGUAACGAGCGGCGGCGGCAGCUGCGGGUCCCGAGUCCAGCGACAGCAGCAGCGAUUUUCUAUUUUGAACAUACGUUAUUUUCUAUAUACUGUAUAUGAUGACAUCAGUGAACAGUGACCGUUGCCGAGGUGCUCAGGAAAAAACACAGAUUUCAGCAACACAGGCAGCACAACCACAGAAACAAGUGGUACAGGCAACAGCCGAACAGAUGCGUCUCGCUCAAGUGAUCUUUGAUAAGAAUGAUUCAGAUUUUGAAGCUAAAGUUAAACAGCUUAUGGAAGUGACAGGGAAAAAUCAGGAUGAAUGCAUAGUGGCCCUACAUGACUGUAAUGGAGAUGUGAAUAAAGCUAUCAAUAUAUUGCUGGAAGGGAAUUCAGACACGACUUCAUGGGAGACUGUUGGGGGGAAGAAGAAGAACUUUGUAAAAGAAAGUUCAGAAAACAAAGAGAAUAAAGAGAAGAGAAGUGAGAGAGAAGCAAGUCAUGGACGUGGAAACAACAACCGGAAAGGAAGAGGUGGCAAUCGUUCCAGAGAGUUUAGAGGCGAAGAGAAUGGAAUUGAUUGCAAUCAAGGGGACAAACCUUCGGACCGGGGCAAGCGAGCCCGUGGUAGAGGAUUUGGACAUGGUAGAGGGAGAGGGACAGGAAAGUUCUCAACCCAAAGCAUGGGGACAUUUAAUCCUGCAGACUACUCAGAUUCUCCAUCUACAGAUGGGAGUGGGACAAAGUUAGUUUGGGAAGCUGCUCAGAAUGGUGCAGGUGAGGGAACUGGGGCCUGGAAGAAUUCUGUGGAAGAGUGGACAACAGAAGACUGGACUGAAGAUCUUUCUGAAACAAAGGUCUUCACUGCUUCCUCUGUUCCAGCCGAGAAUUGUGUCACAAUUGAGCAAAGCAUUGAUCUGGUAGCCUUGCUCCAGAAGCCUGUUCCUCCUAGUCAAGCCUCAGAAGUCAACUCCUUUGAAACUUCCCAACAGCAGGGCUUUGGUCAAGCUCUUGUCUUCACAAAUUCUCAGCACAACAAUCAGAUGGCAACAGGGACUGGCAGCUCCACCGCUGUCAACUCCUGUUCUCCUCAGAGUCUGUCAUCCGUUCUCGGCUCAGGAUUUGGAGAACUUGCACCAUCAAAAAUGGCAAACAUCACCAGCUCCCAGAUUUUGGACCAGUUGAAAACUUCGAGUUUGGGCCAGUUUACCACCACCCCAAGUUCACAGCAGAAUAGUACAAAUCCUCCCACAACUACUACUUCUUGGGAUCUCAAGCCCUCAGCAUCCCAGUCCUCAGUCUUCAGUCAUUUUGAUUUCAAAUCUCAGCCUGAGCCAUCCCCAGUUCUUAGCCAGUUGAGCCAGCGACAGCAGCACCAGACGCAGGCAGUCCCUGUUCCUCCUCCUGGUUUGGAGUCUUGUCUUUCCCAGGCAAAACUUCAAGAAUCAGUGCCUGGAGACAGUACUUCCACUGUGAACAAACUUUUGCAGCUUCCCAACGUGACUGUCAAAAACAUCACUGUGCCUGCCCACCAAACACAGCCCAAACACAUAAAACUCCCUAAGCGACGGAUACCUCCAGUUUCUAAGAUUCCAGCUUCUGCAGUGGAAAUGCCUGCUUCAGCAGAUUUCACAGGAUUAAAUGUUCAGUUUGGGGCCCUGGAGUUUGGUUCAGAACCCUCUCUCUCCGAAUUUGGAUCAGUUCCAAGCAGUGAAAAUAGUAAUCAGAUCCCCAUCAGCUUGUAUUCGAAGUCUUUAAGUGAUCCUUUGAAUACAUCCUUACCAAUGACCAGUGCAGUACCAAACUCCACCUAUACAACUUCAGUCAUUACCUCCUCCAGUCUAACUAGCUCAUCUGUGAGCUCCACUAGUCUAGUAACAACGUCUUCCUCCCAUGACCAGAGUUCUGUGCAUGACAGGAUUGUAUACCAAAGCUCUGUGAGUCCAUCGGAGUCAGCUCCAGGAACCAUCACGAAUGGACAUGGUGGUGGUCGAAGUCAGCAGACACUAGACACUACUUCAUCCGUUCCAGCUCCAAAGACAACAGACCCUCCCUCCGCCUUCCCAUCUGUGGGCUCCCUGCCCAGCACCACCUCCUGUGCCGUGCUUCUACCCUCCACCUCCCAGCACCCUGCCACUUUGCCUUCCUUGUCUCAGCCUGGAGACCUAUCCAGCAGCCCCAUCUCUCAGCUUAGCAGUUCACUGUCAGGCCAGCAGAGCAGCCUCUCCUCUGUGCACUCAGCACUCUCCUCGAGCACGUCACACACACACACCAGUGUGGAGAGUACCCCUUCCCUCCAAUCCUCAGCCACCUUUUCAACGGCAGCAACCUCCAUCUCGAGUGCCACAUCCUCAGGUGUCAGCCUUCCCAGUAGCACGAACACAGUGAACAGCCUUUGCCUGGGUGGGGCCACUGUAAGUGCACCCAACAGCAGUACCAGGGCUGCGCCCUUGGUGACCUCAGGCAAAGCACCCCCAAACCUGCCCCAGGGUGUGCCUCCCCUGCUGCACAACCAGUACCUUGUAGGCCCUGGAGGACUGCUUCCUGCCUACCCGAUCUAUAGCUAUGAUGAGCUCCAGAUGCUGCAGUCACGGUUGCCAGUGGAUUACUACGGAAUUCCCUUUGCUGCACCUACAGCCCUUGCCAGCCGAGAUGGGAGUUUCCCUAAUAAUCCAUAUUCAGGUGAUGUCACAAAGUUUGGUCGAGGUGACUGUGCAUCGCCUGCCCCCUCCACCACACUAGCUCAGCCACAGCAGAGCCAAUCCCAGACCCACCACACAGCGCAACAGCCCUUUCUGAAUCCUGCACUGCCACCUGGCUACAGCUACACCGGCCUUCCCUACUACACAGGCGUGCCCAGUGCUUUCCAGUAUGGGCCCACCAUGUUUGUCCCUCCAGCCUCAGCCAAGCAGCAUGGUGUGAACCUCAGCACCCCUACCACCCCUUUCCAGCAGGCCAGUGGUUAUGGUCAGCACAGCUAUGGCACAGGUUACGAUGACCUGACCCAGGGGACAGCAGCAGGGGACUACACCAAGGGUGGCUAUGGUGGAUCAUCGCAGGCACCAAACAAGUCUACAGGUUCUGGGCCUGGCAAAGGAGUAUCAGUGUCUUCAAGUGCCACUGGCCUACCUGAUAUGACUGGUUCUGUCUACAAGACGACUCAGACUUUUGACAAGCAGGGAUUUCAUGCAGGGACUCCGCCACCUUUCAGCCUGCCCUCGGCCUUGGGCUCCCCUGGGCCCCUGGCCCCUGGAGCAGCCCCUGGCUAUGCGCCCCCACCAUUCCUGCACAUUUUGCCAGCCCACCAGCAGCCCCACUCACAGCUGCUGCACCACCACCUUCCGCAGGAGACCCAGAAUGGCUCUGGUCAACGCAACCAGCCCAGCUCCCUACAGCCUAAGUCUCAGGCCUCCAAACCUGCUCACAGCAACUCUCCUUACUGGACAAACUAGACCCCGAAGAAAGGGGUAGGCUGGGCAGGGCUUACCCUUCGCAAGAGAUAACAUGUGGAGCACAUUUCUAAGAGCCCAGUGUCCUUUUCUAGAAUUCCUAGAUGUGUAACUGUGGCAGCCAAGCCUCUGAGGGGAGCCUGCCUCCCAGACCCGCUAUUGUAUGUUAUGUAUUUAUGUAUGUAUUUGUAAAUGUGAUAGAAGCUAUAGGGAGGGGGUGUGUGGCUGCAGAUAGUAGCCAGGUCUGCUCUGCUUAUUCAAGCCCCUUCUUGCUGUAGCAAAGAAACCCCCACCCCUUUCUGCCUUCAGGCCUCCCACAUUGCCCCUAGCAGCCCACUGGGCAGGAGGGCUUUCUAUGGAAGGGCUGGUUCAAGGCAGUUUGGGUAUUGGGAUCAGGUACCAAUGAAGAAUCACAACUUAACUUGCUCCCUAGUAAACCAUUGUUUUGAGUUUUCUUCCCUUUGUAAUUACUUUAUACCUGUGUUUUUCGAGAAACUGGUCUUUUCAUCAUGGUCCUCUUUGCCAAGUCUUGAUUUGAGAAUAGCAGAGAUAUCCCUGCACCUAACAUAAAACUACCUGUUUGUCUUCAUAUAGAGUAUAGACCAGGGGCUUCUGCUCUCCAGUCUGGUCUUGUCCCCAGAGACUUGCCUUCCUCUGGCUGACCAUUUUAAAAAUAAUCUGAACUAGGGCUCAGAGAUGUUCAGCUGGUCAGGUCCUCUAUUCCAGUUGUCCUGAACUAGGUGUGCAGCUGUUUCAGGGGUUUUCUCUUGCCUGAACUCCACCUAAUAAAGUUCUGAGAGCAUG